AUGGUGGUCUUGGCCAAGCUUGCAUGCGCUUUGUGCACCAGCCUUGUAGCUCUUGUGGAGCCAGGCAUUGCUGCACCGUACACCCAAGCCGAGCAAAACUUGACAGUAAUUCAAGGCAAAUGGAUUCUUGAGUGGGUCAAUACCGCACACAAGCGAAGUCUCGGGCUUCGCCAGACAACAGGCAUCGAGCGAACUUUUGGCAUGGAUAGUUUCCAUGCAUACACUGGCGAGUUCGAUGAGGAGGUGGUGGCUGAUAUUGAAGUCAAACACGAGGUCAUCUCGAUCGAACCUGAUCACGAAGUAUCCCUUACAGUCCUCACCGAGAUUGGUAACCAACCCUGGGGAUUGGCCAGCAUCUCACCACGUACCAGAUUCCACAGCGAUGUCAUCGAGCAUCAAACUUAUAUCUAUGACACAAGCGCAGGAACAGACACUUUCGCGUACGGCCGUGCGAUCAAGGGAUACAACUUCUGGCCAGAAAGCGGUUUCGAAGACGAAUUUGGCCUUGGCACUCAUGUUGCUGGUAUAAUUGGAUUGCUCAGUUUCGGUGUCGCCAAUAAUGCGACCAUCGUCGACGUAAAAACAAACGACUUGGCUUACGGCACAACAGCCAAAGUCAUUGAGGCUAUCAAAUGGUCUGUUCAAAACAUCACCAAUACUCCGGGAAGAGCUGGACGCUCAUUUAUCAAUAUGAUUUUGGGUAAGUUUCCAAUCUUCGAGCUUUAA